GCCCGGGCCCACGGCCCGGGGGGGAACCCCGCCCAAGGGGAUGGGCCCCCCCCCCCCGGAAUCCCCCUUUUUGCAGAGCCGGCGUGGUUUUUUUUUUCGGGGCUUCGGGCGAAUUUCCACCCCGCCCCCACCAUAAGCCCCAACCCAGCCUGUCGCCGGGCCCCGCACCUCCCCUGCCCGGCCUCUCUGUGCAGACCGACGCCGCCGACGCCAUCCCCCGGAGCCGCGAGUCCGGGCCUCCCAGCGCCGCCCGGGUCCGCAGGGCUCGCGCCGAGCUGGGCAGCAGCAGCAGCAGCUCGGGCUCUGCAGCCCCCGCGGCGACCACCUGCAGGGGCCGGAGGCGCCACUGCUGCAGCAGCGCGGAGGCCGAGACCCAGACCAACUACUCCAACCUCCAGCAGGUGUCUUCUGCGGAGGUACGCAUUGGGCCCAUGAGACUGACGCAGGAUCCUAUCCAGGUUUUGCUGAUCUUUGCCAAGGAGGACAGUCAGAGUGAUGGAUUCUGGUGGGCCUGUGACAGAGCCGGUUACAGAUGCAAUAUCGCCCGGACGCCAGAGUCAGCCCUUGAGUGCUUCCUGGAUAAACAUCAUGAAAUUAUUGUGAUUGAUCACAGACAGGCUCGGCACUUUGAUGCGGAGGCUGUGUGCAGGUCGAUCCGGGCCACGAAUCUCGCGGAGCACACGGUGAUCCUCGCGGUGGUUUCACAAGCAUCGGGCAACCAUGAAGAGGCCUCAGUCCUCCCUCUUCUGCACGCAGGCUUCAGCAGGAGAUUUGUGGAGAACAGCAGCAUCAUUGCCUGCUAUAAUGAACUGAUUCAAAUAGAACAUGGGGAAGUUCGCUCGCAGUUCAAACUCCGGGCCUGUAAUUCAGUGUUUACAGCAUUAGACCACUGUCAUGAAGCCAUAGAAAUAACAAGCGAUGAGCAUGUGAUUCAGUAUGUCAACCCAGCCUUCGAAAGGAUGAUGGGCUACCACAAGAACGAGCUGCUCGGGAGAGAACUCGCGGAGCUGCCCAAAAGCGAUAAGAACCGGGCAGACCUCCUCGACACCAUCAACACGUGCAUCAGGAAGGGCAAGGAGUGGCAAGGGGUUUACUACGCCAAGCGGAAGUCCGGGGACAGCAUCCAACAGCACGUGAAGAUCACCCCAGUGAUUGGCCAAGGAGGGAAAAUUAGGCAUUUUGUCUCCCUCAAGAAACUGUGUUGUACCACUGACAAUAAUAAGCAGAUUCACAAGAUUCAUCGAGAUUCAGGAGACAAUUCUCAGACAGAGUCUCAUUCAUUCAGAUACAAGAGCAGGAGGAGGGAGUCCGUUGAUGUGAAAUCGAUAUCAUCUCGAGGCAGUGAUGCGCCAAGCCUGCAGAACCGUCGCUAUCCAUCCAUGGCAAGGAUCCAUUCCAUGACCAUUGAGGCCCCCAUCACAAAGGUUAUAAAUAUAAUUAAUGCAGCCCAAGAAAACAGCCCUGUUACAGUAGCAGAAGCCUUGGACAGAGUUUUAGAAAUUUUACGGACCACAGAACUGUACUCCCCUCAGCUGGGCACCAAAGACGAAGAUCCUCACACCAGUGAUCUCGUUGGAGGCCUGAUGACUGAUGGCCUGAGAAGGUUGUCAGGAAACGAGUAUGUGUUCACUAAGAAUGUGCACCAGAGUCACAGUCAUCUUGCAAUGCCAAUAACCAUCAAUGAUGUCCCCCCUUGUAUCGCUCAAUUACUUGAUAAUGAGGAAAGUUGGGAGUUCAACAUUUUUGAGUUGGAAGCUGUUACGCAUAAAAGGCCAUUGGUUUACUUGGGCUUAAAGGUCUUUUCCCGGUUUGGAGUAUGUGAAUUUUUACGCUGUUCUGAAACUACUCUUCGGGCCUGGCUCCAAGUGAUUGAAGCCAACUACCACUCCUCCAAUGCUUACCACAACUCCACCCAUGCCGCGGAUGUCCUGCACGCCACCGCCUUCUUCCUGGGAAAGGAGAGAGUGAAGGGAAGUCUGGACCAGCUGGAUGAGGUGGCAGCGCUAAUUGCUGCCACAGUCCAUGACGUGGACCACCCAGGAAGAACCAACUCUUUCCUCUGCAACGCAGGCAGUGAACUUGCUGUGCUUUACAAUGACACGGCCGUCUUGGAGAGUCACCACACAGCCCUGGCCUUCCAGCUGACAGUCAAGGACAGCAAAUGCAACAUCUUCAAGAACAUUGACAGGAACCAUUAUCGAACACUGCGCCAGGCUAUUAUUGACAUGGUUUUAGCAACAGAGAUGACAAAACACUUUGAACAUGUGAACAAAUUUGUGAACAGCAUCAACAAGCCAAUGGCAGCUGAGGUUGAGGGCAGCGACUGUGAAUGUAACCCUAUUGGGAAGAACUUUCCUGAGAACCAAAUCCUGAUCAAGCGCAUGAUGAUUAAGUGUGCCGAUGUGGCCAACCCGUGCCGCCCCCUGGACCUGUGCAUCGAAUGGGCCGGGAGGAUCUCUGAGGAGUACUUCGCACAGACUGAUGAAGAGAAGAGACAGGGACUGCCUGUGGUGAUGCCAGUGUUUGACCGGAAUACCUGUAGCAUCCCCAAGUCACAAAUUUCCUUCAUUGACUACUUCAUAACAGACAUGUUCGAUGCUUGGGACGCCUUUGCACAUCUGCCAGCACUGAUGCAACAUUUGGCCAAUAACUACAAACACUGGAAGACAUUAGAUGACCUGAAGUGCAAAAGUCUGAGGCUUCCAUCUGACAGCUGAAGCCAAGACAGAGAAGGGGACCUCUUUCUGUCAAGGGCAUGUGAAUCCCAGCAGUGUAAACGAGAGGCUUUCCUUUAUAAUGAAAAUGACAAGUGUAGGUCAAGGAGCUAAUGUUUAAUAUUUGACCUUGAAUCAAGUCCCCAGAUUUUAUUUUUACAAAGAUAUGUUCUUUAUACAAGCAGUGACAGAACAAAUACAUGGCAAAACCCUUUGCCAUGCUGUCACCCUGUGUGCCCUUAUCAACCAUGGAGAUGAAUGACUGUAACUAGCAGGACAUACACAGCACAGACUUGGUGCCUCUGAGCCCAUCUCCCUGGAUGGAGACCAAGUAGUUUAGAUAGUUCAGCUCAUAUCUUACCAUAAAAAUCACCAUCACUGUUUAGCUUGACUAUUUUCCUCAAGAGCUUUGGUCUGGAGGAUUCAUACUAUCUAAGAAAAGAAACUAUAUAUAAAAUGAAAAACUAGGACCAAAUUAUUGAUAAACCAGUUAGCUUCACUGGCUGUUUCUUCUGAUUGAUGUUAUGACACCCAAGUUAGAACCCAGCCUUGUCCUGUUGAGUGCCUUCUAGACUGGUAGUAGCUGCCUAUAUCCCUCUCUCCUAUAAAAGGCAUUCAUCUUAACAGAAAGCCAUCCAUGAUGGGGAAGGGAGUGACAUUUUGUUUUGGGGGACUCUAUGAGAUCCCCUUAUUUCUGGUUAUCAGAGGCAGUCACAAGGCACUAUAGUAUAAUAUAAAAGCCAUUAAAUCUGAAUGCCCUUGGACAAGCUUUUUUAAAAAAAGAAAAAAUUUAUAUACAUUUGCUGUUGAAAAUUUUUAUGAAAUCUAAAUUUUCUGGAUAUAAGUCAAUCAAGUAUGUUGUACCAUGUACCAUCUCUACGUAUAUAUUUGGGGAGGGGAUUUGGGAAGUUUCAAGGUUCAUAUAUUUUUAACCUAUCUGUAUUUGCAAUCAUGCCAUUUUCCUUUAAUGAUGUAAAAAUAUUGCAAGAUGUGUAAAUAUAUUAGAAAAUAGACAUAUGGGGAAACAGUAAAUACUAUUAAUUGUAUGCUAAAGCUUCUAAAGCACAAGUGCAUAUUUUUAUACAGCUCUUUUCACAACUUUCUGUGAUCUACAUGAAGUCGGACUUGAGUAUUUUUCCUUUCUUUUAUCAGUCAACCCUUCUCUAUGUAUUAUAAACUCAGUAAACAAAAUAUCUUCAUUUUUCUUCCAAAUUCUUUGUACUCCAUGCUGCAUUUUUAAGAGGUAUAAACAGAGACUGAAUUAACUGAAUCAGUAGUUACUUUUUUCAAACAAAAAUUGGAAUGCAGAACACUUGGAAUUAGUACAUGGGGAAAAAAAUGUCUUAUCACUACAUAAUGUGCCAAUAUUUUUUUAAUGUUUUAUACCAAAAAUGGAAACAUAUAUGACAAUUCCAUGCAAAGAAGUAUAUCUAAAUUAUUUUAGGUAAGAAAACUUGCUUGGUCAGGACAGCAGCUAGCAUUGUAUUAUAAUGCUGCAUUAUGUAAAUGAUGAAAAUGUUUUUGUGAGAUACUUGUAACUAAAUUCUUACAGCCAUUUUUCAUUUCCAACAGCUAUUUUUUAUUGUACCUCCUUUUGACCUAAGUUUUUCAUAACUUCAAA